AUGGCCACGUCUAUUAACUUUUUCAAGAUCAACAAAUAUUCAACUUUUAGACAGAAUACUUGGGUGCAUUUUCCGCAGAGGACCGACUUGUCCAUCAACUUUCUACAAAAAACUGAUGAAAUUGAAGUGCUUAUACAAUGGAAAGGUACCAAUUUGGAUAGACACAUACUAUUCUUGACAGCCAAAGUAACUACUUCUAUUUUGAGGAAAAGUCCUUGUAUAGGCGUCAAACAAUGUGAUUCCUUAGGCAAAAUUCUUUUCAGGUUUCAGAUCAGCUUGGAAAAUGACGCUGAGUUUGUCAAAUGUAGUGAGAUGUUUGAGAAUUUGAAAUUGAAUUCAUCCCAGGGGACAACAACUCAAGAAAGCCAAAGAGGAGAAACGUCUGCAAUUAUUUUGCCCGAGUCCCAACCCGGCUUUGUUGCAUCUCAGGUGCAAUCUCGUUUAGUUCAGUCUCAAGAGCAAACAUGGAAUUCCAAGACAAAUGCCAACCAGGAACCCAAUAUUUUGAGUCAAAUACAAACGCCAACACCACCACAACAAAGUAGCAAGUCACAGCCUAUCCAUCAAUUACAAAGUAACAAAUCACAAUCUAUCCAUCAAUUACAAAGUAGCAAGUCACAAUCUAUCCAUCAUUUACAAACCAACUGUACCCCUCUUUACAUGGAGCCCCUUCCUCAACCUCAGCCUCAAGUUCAUCCUUUAUUCUUGUCCAUGGCAGCAUUGUCACAGCAGUCGUACCUCAAUAGUCACAAUUCAAUCAACUACCAACUGCAACCACUUGAAACCCUUCACCCAACUUCCAAUCAGUACCAGCCGCAUCAGCAAUUUUCAAUUUUUCCCACAACGCAAUACCACAAUGCAAACAGCCAGACUGAAGCGAAAUUAUCUCAUGCACAAGUAUGGUCACAGCCCAUAAAAAUGUUUCCACAAACUUUACUCAACCAUCAGGAAGGUGCCUUCCCCGUAACCGAUAAAGAAUUGAGACUUUUAAUUAGAAAACAGUGUCUGCUGAAAGAGUUUAGAGAUUUUGUUAAAAGGUUGGAUAGAGUGCUUGCGGAUGAUACGUGA